GUGGUUCUAUCGGCAAUGUUAGUAUUGAUCAUGCACGAGUUUCACCGGUACGUGAACGGGCCGUAUCGAAUCGAAAUACAAGUGUCGUUGUUGAAAUUGACAGUGGCAGCAGUAGCAGCAAAGCAACUGGGCUUGGAGGCAGCAGCAAUGCACGCGAAUUAUCACCAACACCGAAAAAUACACCCAGAAAAAUGUCACAAGAUUAUCGCUCGCGUGCUGGUAGCUUCAUACAUCUUGACGAGGACGGACGUCCUAUUCUACUACGCAAACCAAUACGUUUAAAAAAUAUUGAAGGCCGACCAGAAGUUUACGAUACGUUGCACUGUAAGGGACGUGAGAUUCUUUCGUGCUCGAAGUCAACAUGCAUGAGCAGCGUCAUGAAUUUUGGCACUGCACCCGUUGAAGCACGUAAAACUGAGAUUGUUAUGGACCACGCAAAGGAUUUUUUGGAUCAGUAUUUUACAUCAAUUAAGCGAUCUUCUAGUGCAGCUCAUGAUGCUCGUUGGCAACAGGCUCGUCAGAGUAUUGAAAGUUCUGGUACAUAUCAGCUUACAGAAACUGAAUUAAUAUAUGGAGCUAAACUAGCUUGGAGAAAUUCUUCACGAUGUAUUGGACGUAUACAGUGGUCAAAACUGCAAGUUUUUGAUUGCCGGUACGUAACAACAACAAGUGGCAUGUUCGAGGCAAUUUGCAAUCACAUAAAAUACGCAACCAACAAAGGAAACCUAAGGUCGGCGAUUACAAUAUUUCCACAAAGGACCGAUGGUCUACAUGAUUAUCGCAUCUGGAACAGCCAACUCAUUUCGUACGCUGGCUACAAGCAAACCGACGGCAAAGUUGUGGGCGAUCCUAUGAACGCAGAGUUUACUGAGGUUUGCAUGAAAUUGGGCUGGAAGGGUAAAGGCACGGAAUGGGAUAUUUUGCCGUUGGUUGUAUCAGCAAAUGGAAACGAUCCCGACUAUUUCGAUUAUCCACCGGAAUUAAUCUUGGAAAUCCCAUUAAGUCAUCCGAAGUUCGAGUGGUUUGCCGAUUUGGGCUUACGUUGGUAUGCAGUACCGGCGGUUUCGAGCAUGUUGUUCGACGUUGGCGGACUACAAUUUACGGCAACCACAUUCAGCGGUUGGUAUAUGUCAACAGAGAUUGGCUGUCGGAAUUUAUGUGACACAAAUCGUCGUAAUAUAUUAGAGACUGUUGCAUUAAAAAUGAAUUUGGAUACGCGCACCCCUGCAUCACUUUGGAAGGACAAGACAGUGGUUGAAGUCAAUAUAGCCGUAUUGCAUUCAUAUCAGAGCCGUAACGUUACCAUAGUGGACCAUCAUACGGCAAGUGAAAGUUUCAUGAAACAUUUCGAGAAUGAAUCCAAAUUGCGCAAUGGUUGCCCUGCUGACUGGAUUUGGAUUGUUCCGCCCUUGUCGGGUUCGAUUACCCCCGUUUUCCAUCAAGAGAUGUCGCUAUAUUAUCUAAAGCCAUCAUUUGAAUACCAAGAUCCGGCCUGGCGCACACACAUCUGGAAGAAGGAAAGUGGCGACGGCAAAAAUAAGAAGCCAAGACGUAAAUUUAAUUUUAAACAAAUCGCAAGAGCUGUUAAAUUUACAUCGAAAUUAUUUGGACGUGCUUUGUCGAAACGCAUCAAAGCCACCGUUCUUUAUGCCACAGAGACGGGCAAGUCGGAGCAGUAUGCGAAGCAACUGUGUGAACUCUUGGGGCAUGCAUUCAAUGCACAGAUCUACUGCAUGUCGGAUUACGAUAUAUCAUCCAUUGAGCAUGAAGCACUUUUGAUUGUUGUUGCAUCCACAUUUGGUAAUGGCGAUCCGCCAGAGAAUGGAGAGCUAUUCUCACAGGACUUGUAUGCUAUGAGACUACAGGAAAGUGGUGAGAGUGGGCAGGACUCAAGCAUGGGUGUCACCUCAUCCAAGUCGUUCAUGAAAGCCAGUUCAAGGCAAGAUUUGAUUAAGUUGCCCUUGCAACACAUAAAAAAAAUUGAUCGUUGGGAUUCCUUACGUGGUUCCGCUUCUGACACCUUCACUGAAGAAACCUUUGGGCCGCUGUCAAAUGUGCGAUUUGCAGUGUUUGCGCUUGGUUCUUCGGCUUAUCCGAAUUUCUGUGCAUUCGGUCAGUAUAUGGACAAUAUUUUAGGUGAACUUGGUGGCGAAAGGUUGCUUAAAAUAGCAUACGGCGAUGAAAUGUGCGGUCAGGAACAAUCUUUUCGAAAGUGGGCUCCAGAGGUCUUUAAGUUGGCUUGCGAGACUUUUUGCUUAGAUCCUGAAAGCUUAACGGAUGCUUCAUUGGCACUGCAAAACGAUUCACUUACUGUAAACAAUGUGCGUUUAUUACCAUCUACAACCGUCAGUAGUCUUGAAAACUUGCUUUCCAAGUAUCACAACAAGAAGGUCAAUUGUUGUAAAAUUAAGAGGGCACCACUUAAUCUAACAAAUCAAGGCAAUGGUGAAAAAACCACAAUACUUCUGGAAAUAUGUGCACCCGCAAUAGACUAUGAACCUGGUGAUCACGUUGGUAUAUUUCCAGCUAAUCGUGCAGAAAUUGUGGAUGGUAUAAUACAACGUUUGAGUGGUUUCGAUAAUCCUGAUGAAAUUCUGCAAUUACAAUUAUUGAAAGAGAAACAAACCUCAAAUGGCAUCUUCAAAUGCUGGGAGCCGCAUGAUAGAAUACCAGCAGACACUUUACGUAAUUUACUUUCACGUUUCUUUGACAUCACAACGCCACCUAGUCGACAGAUGCUAACACUAUUGUCUGGUUUCUGUGAAGAUCCUGCAGAUGUUGAACGUUUGCAAGUACUAGUAAGUGAUUCAUCAGCUUACGAAGAUUGGCGACAUUGGCGCUUACCACAUUUGUUGGAAGUGCUAGAAGAAUUUCCAUCAUGCACACCUCCUGCUUCUUUGGUAUUAGUAAAUCUAAUGCCGCUGCAAUCAAGAUUUUACUCAAUUUCAUCCUCACCAAACAAAGUCAAUAAUGAGAUACAUUUAACAGUGGCUGUUGUAAGAUAUCGCAGCGAAGAUGGUUCCGGCGAUGAACGUUUCGGUGUUUGUUCCAAUUAUUUAGCAAGUUUGAAGGAACAGGAUGAUUUGCAUAUAUUUGUGCGUAGCGCCCCUGGUUUCCAUUUGCCAAGAGAGCAUUCAAAGCCCAUUGUGCUGAUAGGACCAGGAACUGGAAUUGCACCGUUUCGUUCAUUUUGGCAGGAACUGGAAAUAUGGCGCGAAAUUAACACUCCAGAACAUUUGCCGAAAGUUUGGCUUUUCUUUGGCUGUCGCAAUCGUGAUGUCAAUUUAUAUGCUGAAGAAAAGGACCAGCUGGUGCGUGACCAAAUAUUAGAUCGAGUCUUUUUGGCACUUUCACGUGAGCCAAAUGUACCCAAAACUUAUGUGCAGGAUCUGAUUGAACAGGAAUUUGAUUCGUUGUACAACUUGAUUGUACAGGAAAAGGGACACAUCUACGUUUGCGGCGAUGUAACAAUGGCCGAGCAUGUUUACCAAACGUUAAGGAAAUGCAUCGCAGGAAAAGAGCAAAAAAGCGAAGCGGAAGUUGAGAAAUUUUUGCUAACAUUGCGUGAUGAGAAUCGUUAUCACGAGGACAUAUUCGGCAUCACUUUACGCACCGCGGAAAUUCAUACCAAAUCAAGGGCGACCGCUCGCAUACGCAUGGCAACGCAACCAUAAAAGUUAAAAAAUCCCCCGCAAACAGCGCAGCAGUAGCACAGCGGUUUGCGUGGAUUGAAGCAAAAAUUUCACGAUUGGCAACGCCACACCACACUACACUUCAGUAAUUAAAAAAAAAUUCAAUAAAUGUUACACAAUUACUUUAAAAAUAUAAAGUAAUUGUGUUCAGCUUAAUGCUUUAAGGUAAUUAAAUCUUAACCCAGAUGGUAGAUCCUUUAACAAGAAAUAUUUACUUGUAAAAAAAAAUAAAAAUAAAAAAAAAAAUCAGAUAUGUGUUAAAAAAAAUUGAAGAUCCAGUCUUGUAAACCCUUUUUGAAAACCAACAAUUAUUUUUGCUCUUUCGAAAUUAAACAAAAGUAGGAUAAACACAGAAUGUCAAAAAUAUGUUUGCACUGGAUAUAUAAACUGCGAAGGACUUAUACAGUUCUUCGCAGUCUCGCUGUUAGUUAAGACAUGUAACUGAUAGUGCAACCAAUACACAAAAAUAAAACUCAACUCGACUUAUUACGUUUCUAUAGCAGCUUGUGAUUUUGAUAAUAUGUAAAUGCAUACAGAGAAGGAACCUUUCGUAAAUUGCACUAGUACAUUAACCAUUAUUAAUACAAGCAUUAUCUUUCCUUAUAACUUUCGA